ACUGAAGCGUGUUUAGCGCAGAGCUGAGGCGCCGUAAGGAAGUGUGCUCUGGCGCACCGGAAGCUGCCGGAAGAGAGCGAUGGCGGGUUUGACUGUGAGAGACCCCGCGGUGGAUCGUUCUCUGCGUUCGGUGUUCGUGGGGAACAUUCCAUAUGAGGCUACUGAAGAGCAAUUAAAGGACAUCUUUUCUGAGGUUGGACCUGUUGUUAGUUUCAGGUUGGUAUAUGAUAGGGAGACGGGAAAGCCAAAGGGUUAUGGCUUCUGUGAAUACCAAGACCAGGAGACAGCACUUAGUGCCAUGCGAAACCUGAAUGGGCGUGAAUUCAGUGGGAGAGCACUUCGAGUGGACAAUGCUGCCAGUGAAAAGAACAAAGAAGAGCUGAAGAGCCUUGGCACUGGUGCCCCUGUCAUUGAGUCACCUUAUGGAGAGACCAUCAGUCCUGAGGAUGCCCCUGAGUCCAUUAGCAAAGCAGUUGCCAGUCUUCCACCAGAGCAGAUGUUUGAGCUGAUGAAACAAAUGAAGCUUUGUGUCCAGAAUAGUCCCCAGGAAGCACGGAACAUGUUGCUUCAGAACCCUCAACUGGCUUAUGCUUUGCUACAAGCGCAGGUAGUGAUGAGAAUUGUGGAUCCAGAGAUUGCUCUGAAAAUCCUGCAUCGCCAGACAAAUAUCCCAACACUGAUUGCAGGCAACCCUCAGCCAGUCCACAGUGCUGGGCCUGGCUCAGGAUCCACUGUGUCAAUGAACCAACAGAAUCCUCAGGCCCCUCAGGCCCAGGCUUUGGGUGGAAUGCAUGUCAAUGGUGCACCUCCUCUGAUGCAAGCUUCUAUGCAGGCUGGAGUUCCAGCACCAGGACAGAUGCCAGCAGCUGUAACAGGGCCUGGUCCUGGUUCCUUAGCUCCUGGAGGAGGAAUGCAAGCCCAGGUUGGAAUGCCAGGAAGUGGACCAGUGUCCAUUGAGCGGGGACAAGGAACCCUACAGCACUCGCCCGUGGGACCCGCCGGGCCUGCAUCAAUUGAGCGAGUUCAAGGGCAGAGAACAUGGAUGAUAUGGGCAUCUGUCCGAGGCUGUACUCCCUCCCUACUGGUGUCAGGAGGCUUGGAUGGAAUAGCAGUCUUGCCGAUGCAGGACCCCAGAGCCGCUAUGCAACGUGGGCCCUUGCCUGCCAACGUCCCAACUCCUCGAGGUCUAUUAGGAGACGCCCCAAAUGACCCGCGUGGAGGCACUUUACUUUCUGUAACUGGAGAGGUAGAGCCUAGAGGUUACCUGGGACCACCUCACCAGGGUCCACCCAUGCACCAUGUCCCUGGCCAUGACAGCCGUGGCCCACCCCCACAUGAGAUGAGGGGAGGGCCAUUAGCUGAGCCCAGACCUCUAAUGGCAGAGCCAAGAGGACCCAUGCUAGAUCAGAGGGGUCCACCCUUGGAUGGCAGAGGCGGAAGAGAUCCCCGAGGCAUAGACACACGAGGAAUGGAGGCACGAGCCAUGGAGGCUAGAGGAUUAGAUGCCAGAGGAUUGGAGGCCCGAGCAAUGGAGGCUCGUGCGAUGGAGGCCCGUGCGAUGGAGGCCCGCGCGAUGGAGGCCCGCGCGAUGGAGGCCCGCGCGAUGGAAGUCAGAGGGAUAGAGGCCAGAAGUAUGGAUACAAGGGGCCCGGUCCCUGGCCCUAGAGGCCCUAUGCCUACUGGAAUCCAGGGUCCCAGUCCAAUUAACAUGGGGGCAGUUGGCCCCCAGGGAUCCAGACAGGUUCGGAAACUGAGAUCCAAGAAUUCAGGUGACUUGUCCAAAUUCACACAACUGAAAAGUGGCAGAGCAAGGAAUAGAACCCACUGUUUUUUUCAGUGUACCACUCAGUCCUGUUAUCUGCACAUCAUGUAUGUGUAUAUGUGUAUCUGCCUCCCGUUCUUUAAUAGGAAAUACGAAUAUGUUGUUUUCUGGUGUGUAAAAGAAAACUAUUCUCUUUUUUUCAAAUUGUGCUUUUUAAAAAUGUGUCUGGGGGCCUUGAUGUUUAUUCUGCCCUCUAGGAUCAGUAGCCUUAAAAUAGAAACAGUUUUUAUUCAUUUACUUACUCAGUCAGCAAAUAUUUAUUGAGCACCUAUUGUGUACCAGAGAGAGCUCUAGGUACUAAGGAUAUAGCAGUGUGAAAAAAACAAAGUCCCCGCCCCCAUGGAGCUUGCAUUCUAACUGGAGAGACUGACAACAAAUGACUACCUGAUGUCGUUAUAUAAUUCUAUCAAUAGUUUUGUGGAAAAAGACAUUGAAAAUAAAGGUUGG